GGACAUUGCAGUCGAUCAAAGGAGGAGAGAGCGGAAGAGGCGGGGUAGCGCGGGUGUCAUUCAACGCUCUGCCUAGCGACCGGACCGGAAGUAGGCCUCUAGCCACGCCUAGGCCUUCCCUUUUGGUCUCCUUGGUGACCGCGGCGAUGCUCCGCGCUCUGGGCUUCCCUCGCUGCCCGCUUCGGAUGCUCCGAGUCCCGAAUCGAAGCGUCGCCGACGGGCAGGCCGCAACGCCGGUGCCGGUCUCGUACUGCGUCUUCGACGGGGCCUCCGCGCGGCCGCCCCUCGUCUUGCUCCACGGGCUUUUCGGGAACAAAGGCAACUUCGCCUCUCUGGCCAAGGCGAUCGUGCGGCGGAGCGGGCGCAAGGUGCUGACGGUGGACGCCCGCAACCACGGCGACAGCCCCCACCACCCGCUGAUGACCUACGAGGCCAUGAGCGACGACGUGCGGCUCCUCCUGCGCCAGCUGCGCCUGGACCGCUGCGUCCUGGUCGGGCACAGCAUGGGCGGCCGGACGGCCAUGGCGGUGGCCCUGCGGUGGCCGGAGCUGGUGGAGCGGCUUCUCUGCGUGGACAUCAGUCCGAGCGGGACCUCCGCCGUCUCCAGCCUCGGGCGCUUGGUGGAGGCCCUGAAGGCCGUGGAGCUCCCCGAGGGCGUCCCUCUCUCCACGGCACGCCGCCUGGUCCAGGAGCAGCUGCGCAAGGACAUCCAGGAUCUGUCCGUCCUCCGGUUCCUGCUCACCAACCUGGUCUCGGCCGAGGGUCGCGUCGUGUGGCGGGUCAACCUGGACGCUGUCUCCCGUCACCUAGACGGUCUCACGCGCCUCCCGUCCUUCGAGGCGCCCUACUCGGGACCCGUCCUCUUCCUUGGCGGUGCCAAGUCUCCCUACAUCAGCUCCGAGGACUUCCCUGAGAUUGAAAGGCUCUUCCCGGAGGCGGAGAUCGAGUACGUUCCCGAUGCCGGCCACUGGGUCCACGCCGACCAGCCCCAGCACUUUGUGGACGCCGUCUGCCGCUUCCUGGAGCAGCCUCCGUCGUAGUUCCCGGACAAGGCACCAAAACUCCCGCCCCGACAGUCGGACAAUAACCAUGAGGUGGAAUGCCUCCCGACAGAACCGGCUGGGAUGCCUCUGGACUCGUUGCUUGUACAGUAUUUAAUAAUAAAUAAUGUAUCGGUUUCGUA